AUUACACACACACAUCCACAUACAAACAUUUCUAUACAACCUACUCUACCUUUUCUCUCAAUCCAGAUUUUAACUCUUGGAUAUUUGAAAAUGUGCAUGAAAGCAACCUGCUCGACCUGCAACAAAACCUCCUGGUGGGGUUGCGGCAGCCACAUCCCCUCCGUCAUGGACUCCAUCCCCGAGGGCGAAUGGUGCACUUGUGCCCCGAAGGUGGUGCGCGAGGGGAAGGAGUACCCGCCUAAGGCGGAGAGGUGACUGUGUGUUGUUUCGUAGGGGGUUGGGUUGGUGUUUGGGGGUGGGAUGGGUGAGAGGUGAUUAGAGGGGUUGGGUUUAUCGAGGGAAGGGGUGAGGUGAGGUGGUUGGGGAAGGGAAGGGAAGUGUGCUUGAUUCGUGGUAUCGUAUAUGGAAAUCAACUUGGAUAUUUCACAAGACAUGUCUCAAUCAUCUCCGGACUCAUUGUAUCCCAGUCCAUUUCCUUCGACUCUCAGACCAAGGCUAAAUGGCAUCCAGAUGAACGAGCUACGAUGAUUGGGGAUAUCCAUAUCUAUUAUUUGCUCAAGUCACCCGAGUGAUCGGGAGUUCUUAUCGAGGUCACUGCCACUAUGUGUACCGCAGCACAGAAGAAGCCUUAACUACUCACUAGUUCGUUGAGAUGAAG